GCACUCACUGCAACGUCCAGACCCCACUACCUCAGCGUCGUCUCCGCAGAGCAGCCCCCAAAUCGGCGACCUCUCUCUCUCCGAUCUCCAAUCCCCCACCUCACCAACCGAGCACGAUGCGGGCGAUCUCGUCGGCGGCGGGAGGCAUGCUGCGGGCGCGUCUGCGCGCGGCGGCGCGCGUCCGCGGCGGGCACGGCGACGGCGCGGGGCGGUGGACGACGCCGGGGCACGAGGUGCGGCCCAAGGGGUACCCGAUGAACCGCACGCCGCCGCCGCCGGGGGAGUCGCGCAAGUGGGAGGACUGGGAGCUGCCCUGCUACCUCACCUCCUUCCUCACCGUCGUCAUCCUCGGCGUCGGGCUCAACGCCAAGCCCGAUCUCACCAUCGAGACCUGGGCGCACCAGAGGGCGCUCGAGCGCCUCCAGCAGCAGGAGCUCGCCGCGUCCGCGUCCGCCGACGCCCUCGCCGAGUGAUCCG